CAAGAAUGAAGCUCAAUAAGGAAUCUUAAGAAUUUGCUGAUCUGGUUCUUAAAUACUAUUCACCAAAGAUAUUGUUGAAACAAAAAAAAUAAAAAGAAGAAUAAUAAUAAUAAAAUUAAGAAGAGAUAAGCCAAUCAUUUGACAAAGUAGACUCCAAGACGAAGUAUUCCAUAGACUACUAAAAAUUUUAAAAUUACAUAGAAAAUAGCGACAAAACUAAACCAAAAACAGCAGAAGAAAUAGAAAUAGAAAAAAUUAUUUAAUCUAAUCCUUAUCUUUCUUAAAUUGCUUGCACACAUGAUAGAAGAAAAGAAAGGGAGAUUUAUGAAAAAACUAACAAAGAAAAAUUUGAAAAUAUUGAAUACUUUAAAUAAGAAGGUAAUGCAGCCUUUAAAAGUAAAGAAUAUGACAAAGCAGCCUAUUUUUAUUAAAAAGUAAUAUAAUUUUGUAUAUUAGUUAGGCACUAGUAUAUUUUGAUUAUACAUUUCCAGAAGGUGAUUAGGAAGAAUCGAAAUACAAUUUACUCUUAGAACAAUGUAAUAAUAAUAUGGCCUAGUGUAAAUUACUCUAAGGUUGUUUAGAUGAAGCCUGGAAUUAUUCUCACUAAGCUUUAAAAGUAAACCCAAAGAGUGAAAAGGCGAUAUUUAGACAAGCCAAGAUUUCAUAUCAAAAAGAUGAUUUUGAAUAGUGUGAAACUUUGAUCAAAAAAUUAAAUUAAGAUUUAGAGGAAACAAAAGAAUUAAAAUUGAAUUUGUAAAAUAGAAUAAAGUAGUACAAUUAAAGAAAUGAACAAGUAUAUAAGAAAAUGCUUUCAGAAUGA